AAUCAUUAGAAGGAAAACAGCGGCGAUUUGUUUGUUGUUGUGACAUAAGUCACUUCAAAAAAGUUGUUCAGAGUAGGAAUAUAGAUGUGUUAGACUUGAAGAAAGCGGGCGAUUUAUAGUGAAUAUGAUUAUUUAUUUGUUUUAAAAUGUCACGUCAGAAAGGACUCGGGCCGUCGCUUUAAAUGUGCAAGAGAGGAGGAAAAUGGCUUUGAUACAGGAGGGAAUAAUAAAGCCUUGAACACUGAAGAGAGCUGCCAGUGCCACGCAGAACGUGGAUUAAGGCGUCCCAUGCCCCCCAUCCGCCAGGAUGCAGUCGUAGACCACCGAGCACUGCACUUUGAAUAUGGAAACAGAGGCUACUGAUGGCCCUAUCACUGGUCGUGGUAGUGAUGACUUUUGUCCCAAGAUGGACCAUUCAAGGAUAAUGAUUCCAACCACAAGCACACCCAAUGGCCAAUACAGCUCUCUGAGUCACAUGACAAAUGCAAACUCCAUCAAGAUAGAGAUGCACAGCGAUGAGGAUGAUGGAAAAGUUCUUAAACAGGUUGACCAGGCCAGAAGCAAAGAGGAAAUGAACACCAUGGAAGAAUCUAUGGUGGAAAGCAACGGGAUGACUGAAAGCAACCAAGGGCAGGAGAUACAAGCUGAUGGAGGAGUACGACUUCCGAAUGGUAAACUGAAGUGUGACAUCUGUGGGAUGGUUUGCAUUGGGCCCAAUGUUCUAAUGGUACAUAAGCGGAGCCACACUGGUGAACGUCCCUUCCAUUGCAACCAAUGUGGUGCUUCGUUUACUCAAAAAGGAAACCUACUGAGGCAUGUGAAGCUGCAUACAGGAGAGAAACCUUUCAAAUGCCCAUUCUGCAGCUAUGCCUGCAGACGACGAGAUGCAUUGACAGGUCAUCUCAGGACACAUUCUGUAGGCAAACCACACAAGUGCAACUAUUGUGGUAGAAGCUACAAACAGCGCAGUUCACUAGAGGAGCAUAAAGAACGCUGCCACAAUUACCUGCAGAACAGCGGCGUGGAGGCUGCACGGCCCAUGAAUCAUCAGGUAGAUGAUUACAAAGAGCAGGAUCCAGCAGCAGACCAUAUUCCUCUGAUGCAGUUUGAAAGACCAGCAGUCAUCGAGAGGUUGGCAAGCAAUGUUGGAAAACGCAAAAGCUCCACACCUCAAAAGUUUGUUGGUGAAAAAUUCAUGCGCUUGAAUUAUCCAGACAUCAAUUUUAAUAUGAGCUUGAACUAUGAGAAGGAAGCAGAGUACAUGCAUUCGCACAUGAUGGAUCAAGCUAUCAAUAAUGCAAUUACAUAUCUUGGGGCUGAGUCCCUCAGACCUUUAAUGCAGCAUCAACCCAGCUCAAUAGCAGAAGCAGUUCCAGUUAUGAAUUCAGUCUAUUCUCAGGUAUACCAUCCAACAAGGCUCGAAAGGCCAAGCAGCAGGGAAAUAGCAGAAAGCCACGAAAAUGUAAUGGAUGGCCCAAUCUCUCUUAUUAGAGCAAAGCAUCCAACAAUGGAAAGAGGAAUGUCUCCUAGUAACAGUUGUCUAGAUUCUACUGAUACAGAAAGCAGCCAUGAUGAUCGAAGUGCUCAGCAAUACCCUGGAGUCCCAGCCUUAACUUCUCAGAGCAAACAAAGUCCAGCCUACACAAAAGAGGAAACUAAGGCUCUGGAAACUACAAAAGUUUUGUCUCAUACCUCUAAAGAGAUAUACAGGGUCUUCAGCGAAGAGGGUGAGCAGAUUAGGGCUUUCAAGUGUGAGCACUGCCGUGUGCUGUUUCUAGACCAUGUCAUGUACACCAUUCACAUGGGCUGCCAUGGUUUCAGAGACCCAUUUGAGUGCAACAUCUGCGGCUACAGAAGCCAGGAUCGCUAUGAAUUUUCAUCGCACAUUGUUCGUGGAGAACACACAUUCCACUAGGCCUUGAGUGCUAGGACAGUGAUGAAGAACUGAUUUUUGAAAUCCCACAUUGACAUAACUGAAAGGCAGAAGUGGCCUGGUGACAGACAGUUUGCCUUGUUUUUAACUAUCCAUGGACCAAGAAUAUACUGUAGUGAGUAUAUUCCACUCAUUUACAGUAAUACGCUUUUCAUUUAUAUAUGACAUUGUGGGAAUUAAAAUUAGCCCUUAGUUUAUGAAAAGUAAGUUGUCAGUCAUGUCAUCUUCAAAACGAUGUAUCAUUCAUCUCAGUCUUUGUGUAGGUGCAACUGUGACAAGUUAGUGAUUGACUCAUAUGUAGAAUUUCAGUGAUGAAAUUUUUAAAAAAUGAUGGCGGGUCAAGGGUGAACUAUAUCUUAAACAGUACAGCACCUCCUUAAUUGCUAAAUGGAUUACGAACGGAAGAUUAAUACUUCCUCACCUUCCAGAAUUAAUUUUAUUGGCUGUUUCAGAAACUCAAAUCAAUGCAAAAGAAGAGAACCAAGCACUUGUGAUUUUUUUUUUAUCUAUCUUGCAAUGAUGACCAACUUAAUUGAAAAGGAACAACAUAAAUUUGGAUAGGAAAAGAAUGGUUGGAUAAAGUACAUUUACUUACUGGUCAGUGUUAAACUUAUGUUGUUGCUUCUUAUUUUUGAUGAUUUCCAUCUUAAAUAUACCUGCAUUUUACAAGCUAGAGAUGAAUGAUAUAGUCAGAUGUCAAGAAUGACAACCUGUUUUGUGGCACUUGCUCCUUGAAUAAAGAUUACCUCUCACAAUUAGAUUGCUUGUUGAAGGGGGGAACAAAAUUAGGACCCAAACUAUGCACUUACUGGAAAUUCUCAUAAAGUACUGGAGACUGUUGUUAAUGAACAUAUAGCAACAAGGGGAAGGAUGUAUUAAGACUCUGAAACUGUGAUCAUAUAACUGAUUGUGAAGCACUGUCAGUUCUUAACCAGACUCACUUCCUGUUUCAUGUAGCAUUUUCUAAUCUGGGACAAGUGUCCCUGUCCUAAAUCCUCUGGCUUUUUGUUGCUGAAGCAUUAGGUAUAAGCUGUUUACAUAUUUUUGUACUAAAGUGUAGUUUUAUACAUGAAAAUGCUUGAAAAAUAAAAGGUACAUUAGCUUUGUAGUGCAUUUGCUACUGGAAUUGGAUAACUGGAACCUCCUCCUUGGUUUGUUUAAUGGUGGCAACAUAUACUGGGUUUUUAAGUGUAAAACUCUGGAUGUACAUUUUCCUUAUAACAUACCUUUGUAAGAAGACUGAAACAGUAAACUUUUAUGCAAUUAUUUAGGAAGUUUCAGCAUUGACAAUAAUAGUACAGUAUAUGUUUUAAAUCUUUUUAAAUGUUUUAAUUAAAAUUUAAAAUAAAACUAUUCUGAUGUCAAGUAUUGGCAGCAGCUGAUCAUAGCCCAAAUUUAAUUCUAAAAAUUUUCCCUCUCAAUUUCUUGUCAUUCAGUGGUGUAAGGAUCACAAGAGUCCACAGCAGACUCUCCAAACUUGAACCGGUUAUACUAUACAAAUGAAUGCAGUUUGCAAGUGCAAUACUUUUUUUUUUCCUUGAACUGUAUAAUGUAUUUUCUCAAUUUAGGAAAUAGUUUAUGUAAAAUGUUUUUUGAAAACCAUUAACUGAUUCUUAAGACUGUAUUGAAAACCCUCGUUACUGUGACCUAAAUAACAUGGCUUGUUUAAAACAAAAACAAAAAAACGCAGAAUCUUUGUUAAUAUUUUUUUAGGGAAAACUACUGUAAGGUUUGUACUGUUUGAGUGCGAGAAUACUGAAAUAAAUUUAGGGAACCUCAGGAAUGAAUUCUGUGUGGCGUUUCACUCAGUCCCAUUACUUCAUUGGAAAGAUUAAUUUUGAUGAGAUUUUUACAUGUAUGAAAUUAACAAUUCUUGUAUUUGUGGAUCCUAAAAAAAAUUAACACACAAGAAUAAAAAGUGCAUUCGUUUUCUUGCCAUGCUAAAUUUAUUUUAAAAUAAUUUAUUUUCAAUUAAAUUGCAGUACAACAAAUGCAUACCUGGAACCCUAUUUCCUACAGAGUUCUUGAGACCAGGAAUCAAUUGAAUAUGUUCAGGCUAAAAUUAAAAGAUAUUUGAGCUAGGAUAUUUAAGGCUACAUAACAAAGGAAGUUGGAAAGAAUUAAGAACUGUGAUGGCCUUGAUCUAAUUGAUUAACAAAACUGGUUUGAAAGCUAAUUACCCUUCUGUUGCCCUGAUAUUAUUGUUUUUGACAACAGUUUAUAAACUGUGUUUGGAUAAUUUGAAAACUUGCAUUUCUUCGUCAUAUUUAUUUGAGUAACAGUAAGGUUGCAAAGCAAACUAAAUGUUUGAAUCUAAGAUAAA